CUCUCAUUCUUUAUCCGCCAAAAUCCUUCACUCUAGUGAGAGAAACGAAAGCAUUCGACAAAUUCUAUGCCAUUUCUCUACACAGAUUCUCCUUCGUUUCACUCCAAAUCCCCAUUCACACAAUGAUUCUGAACUUCACUUCACCAUGCCUCACUCUCACUCGUCUCCCUCCUCCUAAACUCCUCGAACCACUCGCCUCUUCAACCAAUGGCGCUACCGUUUUCAUGCCUCUCCUUCUUUGUUCUCACGCUUUCUUUGCUUUCACCUCCUUCUCUAAGUCGUUGCGAGUUAGAACUUCUUUAAGUGGCAGCGACAUCGACGGCUCUGCGGCUUUUGAGAAUCCUGCUUCGGAGUUACUCGACGACGAGCUGAUUGUAGUUGUUUCGGGUGCUAAGGAUGCUGAUGAAGCGCUAGGGAUGAUCGGUGAUAAGUCAGGGAGAAGUGGAGGUACUGUGUCUGUUUCCGACUGUCGUUUGAUUAUUUCGGCUGCACUUAAGCGUAACAAUCCCGAGCUUGCUUUGUCUGUGUUCUACGCAAUGCGUUCCACUUUCUAUCAAGCAUGGGAAGGUGUUAAUGAAAAUGCUUCCAUCGUUGAGAGAUGGAAAUGGUCAAGGCCAGAUGUUCAUGUAUAUACAUUGCUGAUUGAAGGUCUUGCAGCAUCCUUGAGGGUAUCUGAUGCACUUAGAAUGAUCGAAAUUAUUUGCCGUGUUGGUGUAACACCUGCUGAGGAGGUACCAUUUGGAAAAGUGGUGAAGUGUCCCAGUUGUAUGGUAGCAGUUGCAGUUGCACAACCGCAGCAUGGUAUUCAGAUUGUAUCCUGUGCAAAGUGCUGCUACAAGUAUGAACUUAUUUCAGGAAACAUAGUUAAUAUCGAGUCAGAAGAAAUUCGCAUGGAUACUCCUGCAUGGGAAAAAGCACUUCGGUUCUUGAACAUAAUGAAGCGAAAAAUUCCUGUUGCUGUGCACUCCAUUGUGGUACAAACUCCUUCUGGAGUGGCACGAACCCAGAAGUUUGCUACUGAAACAGCAGAUCUCCCGGCUCGAGAGGGAGAAAGGGUGACAAUUGCUGCUGCAGCUCCAUCAAAUGUAUUCAGAGAAGUUGGUCCUAUUAAAUUUAGUCCAAAGGAUCCCAAUUUGUACUCUGGAGAGGCUAUGUGCCUGACAAAUCAUUCAGAUGGCCGGGAGUCACUAUUAUUAAGAGUGCCAGGAAAGGAAAACUCAUCCUUACUUAACCCAUCGAUCCUCUUUCCACUCAUAGUUUUGUCUGCCGCUGGAGAUGCUGCCUCUGGAGUAAUUGACCCCAGCUUGCCUCAGUUGCUUAUAGUUGCUGGAUUUGCUUCUCUAGCUGCAGGAGCUACCUUGAAUUCAUUAAUUUUGCCUCAAUUCAAUCGGCUUCCUCAACGAUCAGUUGAUAUCAUUGCUAUCAAGCAGCAACUUUUAUCUCAAUAUAAUGUGCUUCAGUCUCGUAUCGGGGAUUUAAAACUAGCUGCUGAAAAGGAGGUAUGGAUGUUGGCUCGGAUGUGCCAAUUGGAGAACAAAAUUUUUGCCGUAGGAGAACCUUCUUACCGCGCACGUAGAAGUAGGAUAAAAAAGGUGCGAGAAGGCUUGGAAAAUUCCCUUAAGCAACGGAUUGAACUAAUCGAAAGCUAUGCAAGGAUUUCCUCGAUGAUUGAGAUCGAAGUUGAAAUGGAGUCUGAUGUUAUUGCAGCUGAAGCAGCUAGCAGUGUGGAAAGAGUGUCUGAACAGAUAGAGCAAAUCAUGGUGCUGGAAAAUCUAGAAGAGAGAUGGAAAUUACAAGCAGAAGCCAACGAUGAAGCGGAAAGACUUCUCAACCAAUCAAUGCCAACAGAAAAGGUUUAGACAAGUGUGUUCUCUCGUGUUCUCAAUCCAGGUAACUGUUAGGCCCCCGAUUCUUCAUGCAUCCAUAUCUCGAUUUCCACAUCACCUUGUACCCGCACUACCUACCCAGAAUUACUAUUUGUCAAACAAAUCUUGGAGCAUCAAUAACAAAACCAAAUACUUCACAAAUAUUCUUACUUCUCAAUGAAAAUGCCAAUCAAUGUCUACUUGGUCCAUGUACAUGAAGUUUUGAAGCAGCAUCAGGUCAGUGCUUUGUGAUCAGAUAUCUUAUUACUGAAUAUCUCAUUUGUUAAAUUGUAUUAUUGUUAUGAAAAAGUAAAUUGAAAUCUAAGUUUCAUUUGGAACUUUUCCCUCCCGAGUACUGAAAUUUGAUUUAUCACGUAUAUAUAACACGUUAAUGAUUCUAUGAAUUAUCCAUCUUUUACAUUUCA